UAUGCUAAUCCUUUUGUCCAUUCUCAUAGUCCUAAAACAAUUAAACAAACACAACAUUCCCUCCGUGUGUGUGUGUGUGUGUGUGUGUGUGUGUGUGUGUGUGUGUGUGUGUGUGUGUGUGUGUGUGUGUGUGUGUACUCCCUGGAUGAGGAGAUGUAAUCUCAUGUUUUGUCCACAGAAACCAACAGGAGAGAUCAGAGUCAGAGAUUCUCAGUGGUCAGUCUUCCCAGAGUCAUCAAACAGACCUGGCCUCCAUAUUCAGUAUGCUUGAAGAUAAAAUUAUGACAUUUGUGAAGAACGAGCUGAAGAUGUUCAAGAGGAUUCUUAGUCCAGAACUCCCAGAAGGCUUUGAGAGUCAGAAACAGGAUAAGGAAGUGGUGGAUGCUGAAGAUGAGAAGCAGGAGAGCAGUGCCAGAGAGGGGGCUCUGAAGAUCACACUGCACAUCCUGAGGAAAAUGAACCAGAAGGAGCUUGCUGACACACUGGAGAAAUAUUCAGAUGAGCUCGCUGUGAUUUGCCAACGUGAACUCAAAUCUAAUCUAAAGAAGAAGUUUCAAUGUGUAUUUGAGGGGAUCGCUAAACAAGGAAACCCAACACUUCUCAAUAAGAUCUACACAGAGCUCUACAUCACAGAGGGUGGAACAGGAGAGGUCAAUAAUGAACAUGAGCUGAGACAGAUUGAGACAACAACCAGGAAACAAGCAAGACCAGAGACUCCAAUCAAAUGUAACGACAUCUUCACACCCUUAACUGGACAAGACAAACCUAUCAGAACUGUGCUGACAAAGGGAGUCGUUGGCAUUGGAAAAACAGUCUCUGUGCAGAAGUUCAUUCUGGACUGGGCUGAAGGAAAAGCAAACCAGGAUGUCCAAUUUGUAUUUUCAUUACCUUUUCGGGAGCUGAAUUUGAUGAAAGGGGACAAACACACUUUCAUUGAACUUCUCAAUCACUUCUCAAUGGAAACCAAACAAUCAGGAAUCUCCAUCUACAACAAGUACAAAGUUGUGUUCAUCUUUGAUGGUCUGGAUGAGUGCCGACUGCCCCUAGACUUCCAGAAGAACAAGAUCUGUUGGGACGUCACAGAGUCAACCUCAGUGGAUGUUCUGCUGACAAAUCUCAUCAAGGGAAAUCUGCUUCCCUCUGCUCUCCUCUGGAUAACUACCCGACCUGCAGCAGCCAAUAAGAUCCCUUCAGAAUGUGUUGACCAGGUGACAGAGGUACGAGGGUUCAAUGACCCGCAGAAGGAGGAGUACUUCAGGAAGAGAUUCAGUGAUGAGGACUUGGCCAGCAGAAUCAUCUCACACAUAAAGACAUCAAGGAGCCUCCACAUCAUGUGCCACAUUCCAGUCUUCUGUUGGAUUUCUGCUAUAGUCCUUGAACACAUGCUGAAACAUACGAGAGAAGAGAUGCCCAAGACUCUGACUGAGAUGUACACACACCUUGUGGUGUUUCAUACCAAACAGAAGAAUGAAAAGUAUCUUGGGAAAGAAGAGACAGGUCCACACUGGAAUAAAGAGAGCAUUCUGUCACUGGGAAAACUGGCUUUUCAACAGCUUGUGAAUGGCAAUCUGAUUUUCUAUGAAGAAGACCUGAAGGAGGCUGGCAUUGAUGUCAAUGAAGCCUCAGUGUACUCAGGAUUGUGCACACAGCUCUUUAAAGAGGAAUGUGGGCUGUACCAGGACAAGGUGUACUGCUUUGUUCAUCUGAGCAUUCAGGAGUUUCUGGCUGCUGUAUAUGUGUUCCUCUCAUUCAUCAACAACAAUGAGAAUCUCAUGGAUGAACUGCAAACAAACGACGAGCCUGAAGUUACUGUCUUCAAGAGUGCUGUGGAUAAAGCCUUACAAAGCGAGACAGGAAACCUGGACCUUUUCCUCCGCUUCCUUCUAGGCCUCUCACUGGAGUCCAAUCAGAAGUACUUACGAGGUCUACUGACAAAGACAAGAAGCAGCUCACAGAGCCAUGAAGAAACAGUCGAGUACAUCAAGAAGAAGAUCAGGGAGGAUCUCUCUCCAGAGAGGAGCAUCAAUCUGUUCCACUGUCUGAAUGAACUGAAUGACCAUUCUCUAGUGAAGGAGAUCCAAAGCUACCUGAGAUCAGGAAGUCUCUCAAAACCCAAACUGUCACCUGGACAGUGGUCAGCUCUGGUCUUUGUGUUGCUGACUUCAGAAAAGGAGCUGGAUGUGUUUGACCUGAAGAAAUACUCCAGAUCAGAGGAAGGUCUUCUGAGGCUGCUGCCAGUGGUCAAAGCCUCCAGAGCUGCUCUGCUGUCAGGCUGUCUAGUCACAGAGGAAGGCUGUGCUUCUCUGGUCUCAGCUCUGAGGUCAAACCCCUCACACCUGAGAGAGCUGGAUCUGAGUAACAAUGACCUGAAGGAUUCAGGAGUGAAGCUGCUCUCUGCUGGACUGGGGAAUCCCCACUGUAAACUGGAGACUCUGAGGCUGUCAGGCUGUCUAGUCACAGAGGAAGGCUGUGCUUCUCUGGUCUCAGCUCUGAGGUCAAACCCCUCACACCUGAGAGAGCUGGACCUGAGCUACAAUCACCCAGGAGACUCAGGAGUCAGACUGCUCUCUGCUGGACUGGAGGAUCCACACUGCAGACUGGAGAAACUCAAUGUGGAACAUGGUGGAGAGAACAGAAUGAAACCUGGACUUAGAAAAUAUGUCUGUGAUCUCACACUGGACCCAAACACAGCACACAGACACCUCUCUCUGUCUGAGGGGAACAGAAAGGUGACAUGGAGGAGAAAGAAGCAGCCGUAUCCUGAUCACCCAGAGAGAUUUGAGGGCUGGGGACAGGUGCUGUGUAGAGAGGGUCUGACUGGGUGCUGUUACUGGGAGGUAGAGAGGAGUGGAGAGGCUGUUAUAGGAGUGACAUAUAAAGGAAUCAGCAGGAGAGGAAGGGUUAAUGACUGUUGGCUUGGAUACAAUGACAAGUCCUGGAGUCUGACCUGCUCUGACAGCAGUUACUCUGCCUGUCACAAUAAUAAUCUCACUACCAUAGACGUCCGCCCCUCCAGAUCCCACAGAGUAGGAGUGUAUCUGGACUGGCCAGCCGGCACUCUGUCCUUCUAUAGAGCCUCCUCUGACACAAUGACCCACCUGAUCACAUUCACCUCCACAUUCACUGAGCCCCUCUAUCCAGGGUUUAGGGUUCAUUAUUACUCCAACUCAGUGUCUCUCUGUCAGUGAUACACACACACACACACACACACACACGCACACACGCACACAAAUAGACACACACACACACACACAAAUAGACACACACACACACACACACACUGGACAAACAAAACUACACACACACGCUGGACACACACACACACACUGAACACACACACACACAGACUUGACACACAAACACUGGACAAAAAACACACACACACUGGACAAACACUCAUAAACACACUGGACAAACAAAAACACACACACACACACACACACACACACACACACACACACACUGGACACACACACAUUGAACACACACACACACACACACACACACACUGGACAAACACACACACUGGAAAAACACACAUUGAACACACACACACAAACACACUGGACACACACACACACUGAACACACACACAAACACACUGGACACACACACACACUGAACACACACACACACACUGGACACACACACAUUGAACACACACACACACACUGGACAAACAAAAAUACACAAACACACACACACUGAACACACACACACACUGGACAAACACACACUGAACACACACAGGACACACACACUGGACAAACACACACUGAACACACACACACACACUGGACACACACACACACACUGGACACACACACACUGAACACACACACACACACUGGACAAACACACACACACACACUGGACACACUGGACACACACAUUGGACACACACACACACUGGACACACACACACACUGGACACACACACACACUGACACACACACUGAACACACACUGGACAAACAAAAACACACACACACACACACACACUGGACACACACACUGGACACACAAACACACUGGACAAACAAACACACACACACACACACACACACACACACACACACACACACACACUGGACAUACACACACACUGACACACACACUGGACACACAUACACACUGGACACACUGGACACACACACACUGGACAAACAAACACACACACACACACACACACACACACACACACACACACUGGACACACACACUGGACACACACACACUGGACACACACACACACACACUGACACACACACUGGACACACUGGACACACAAAUACACUGGACACACUGGACACACACACUGGACACACACACACUGGACACACACACACACUGACACACACACACACACACACA